AAGACUCGAGGCAGUAUUAAUCGAUAGGUUGUAACGAGAAAUAAAAAUUUUAAUCCUUCAGAUUCAGAAAUUCAUUGUGAAAUACGAGUAGAAUCAACGUGUGGUGAAAAUGAUUCUUCACAAAUAUUUUUUGCUGUUCUCAAUGGUAUUUGGUGCAUUAGGAAUUCAUUUGGAAUGUGAAAAAUGGGCUUUUGUGCAUUUCUUCGAAGGAAUCUGCAAAACACUUCGUAUGCGAGGAGCUAUUUUACUCGAUACUGUUCAUGCUCUAGCCAGGGAUGAAAUCACUAUAUACAAUUGCGGACGGAGAACACUUUCUGAAAUACGUCGAUUACAAAACCUGACCACCAUACAGGAAAAAGAUGAAUUAUGGAUACAAGAUUUAUACGAAUAUCUAGUCACCAGUAUAUUGAACUGUGAUUCAUGUGAGCUAUGGAAAGGCAAAUAUGGAGGAGGUGGCAUAUGUACAAAGAUCUUCCUAGCUGUGGGAGGUAAUAUGACAGACAUGAUAAAUCCAGAAUGGAUCGACCAUGUCAUUCAUACUCCAAGAUGGAUGGUUGUGAAUUAGAAAAACUCGAACGAGAGAACACUUCAGUGACUCGCGGUAUAUGAUAAAUGCACGAGUGGGUAUUUGAACAAGAUUUCGAGAAUUUUCACUGCUCUGAUUAUCCCGCAACACCUACGUAUUCUACACUACCUACUGUAUUAUCUCAUUUAAACAAACAAUAGAGUACUUAAAUGGCUAAUGGCUUUGAAUUUCGAAAA